AUUCACUGUCAGUUAAUGCGCUCAUGAACCCCAGCUGUUGCUAUGACUAUUUUAGUUGCUGUAGUUGUACAACUUGCCUUUUCUCCAGAUUAAUAAAAAUUGGCGAAUGUAUUCUAAACUCAUGUUGCACAGAGGAUAUUAGGGAUUUGUUAUUGAAUUUAAUGGAUAAUCCUUACUUAAAUCAGUUACGAGAUGAUAUUUGUAAACUUGUGGAGUUGAGCAAAUCAAGGGACAUUCUGUACUCUAAAAUGAGAUUAUAUAAUUGUGUGGAUUGGUAUUUUUCUGGAGACAAACGAAGACUUCUUUCUCCCCAACAAAUGGAUGAAAUCAAAAAAUACAUCAAUAAUUACUUAUCGUGUCUACCUUUGAAGUAUCGAAAACUCUUCAUUCUAUAUCUUUUGGCCGGUGGCAAUUCUUCCAUGAUAAACUGCAUAAGUUUUGAAUUGCAGAAAACCUUACGACAAAAAAGUGAUUUUGAGAUUGGAACAAAUGAAUAUUCAGUACAACUGCCAUGGAAUAUUGACUCAAAAAUUAAGUCCUUUAUCAAAAAACCAGCGAAGAAGGUUACAUCUGAGAUUAGAGACGGUUCUUCAACUGAACGUCAAUGUACGUCAUCCCUGUUUCGAGCUGAUCCAAAGUUUAUGAGAUACAGAUUAGUACCAGUCCCUAGAUGCCCAGUCCAGUUGAAGAGUGAAAUUUCAGAGGAAUCAAACACUGGAUUAUUUGAUGAAGCACGUAUAGUUUCAGGAAGUGGUGAUGACGCAUGUAAUCAGGAAAUGGAAAAUCAUCUUCAUUCAUCUAAUGACUGGGAUAAGUUGAUACACAGAUCAUGGGAUUCAAUAGCAUAUAAAAUGAAACAAGCAUAUGACAAGAUCAAAAUACAAUAUGUUUUAAUGUUUGAAAGAAAUAUCUAUUGUGGACCAUUUAGUAUUUAUGUAUUGUUAGAAAGACAACCAAAUAAUCCAUUAUGUAAACGACGUGUAAUACAUGUGGAUAAAAGAAGUCAUUGGUUAGCUCAUUGUGAAGGUCGAUCUCAACAGCGUACAAUUAAAUUUAUAGAUAUUUCUAUGAAAUCAUUUGGUAAAGAAGUAACACCGAAUUGUAUCCGAAAAAAAAGCACCAAUACUAAUCAGUCUGACAGUGCUGCUGAAUUUAUGGCACAUCUUAAUCGUGUUUGGUUAACUGGACAUGCUGGUAGUGUGAAAACAUUAUGGUUAGAUGUGAAAUUGCAAAUUUUAUUAUCUGGUAGUUAUGAUACAAGUAUACGUUUAUGGAAUUUAUCAGAAAUUAAUGAACAACAAACAAUUAAACGAAAUUCUAUAAGUUUUAGAAAUAGUCAAUCAAAAUGUUUACGAAUAUUUCAUGGUCAUACAGAUACUGUAUUAUGUUUAUGGUUAGAUCAAACUAAAUUAUGGACAAAAUAUCAAAAUAUUAAUAAGAAUAAUUAUACAGCUAAAAAACGAUUAUAUUCAUCUUAUUAUUCAAAUAAUAAUAAUAAUAAUAAUAAUAAUAAUAAUAAUAGUAAUAAUGAUAAUAAUAAUAAUGUUAAAAACGAAGAAUUUAAAUCAACAUAUCAAUUUGCAAGUGGUUCCAUUGAUUGUACUUGUUGUAUUUGGCGAUUAGAUGAACAUAAACCAUUAUGGAUUAUGAAACAUGCAACAGCAAUCACAUCAGUAUGCUUGAGAGGAUAUCUUUGUACAACUGGUGAACGUAGUGGACGUGUCAGUGUAUGGAGAAUUAGUAAUACUAAACCAGUUCUAAUCAAAGUAUUGACCGGUCAUACGGAUGUUAUUACAGCGUUACGAUUUGACAGUUAUCAUUUAGUUACAUCGUCCAAAGAUAAAUCUGUAAAAAUAUGGUCGAUUAUUGGAGAAUUCUCUGAUUGUAUAGGUACAUUGGUGCAUACAGGUGAAGUAUUAUGUGUGGAAAUGAUUGAUUUACGAAUUAUAACUGGUUGUUCAGAUGGUCGUAUACGUGUAUGGAAUUUAUUAACUCAACAUUGUCAACGAAUUUUACCAGGAAAUUAUCGUCAUGAUCCAAUUAUCAGCAUUAUGCCAUUGGAAAAUCGAUUAAUUGUAAAUACACAACAUAAUGUAUUAGCUUUAAAUUUUGAUCCUAUCAAAUGGGAAUAUCAUGAAUCAAUUUCGGAUAGAGCAGAAGAAUUUUGGUUAAAAUCUGUUAAGACAAAAUCAACACAACCAAAUAUCAUCAAUACAGUAAAUUCUAAGCUUAGUUAUGCUGAAUCAAGAUAUUUAAGAUCACGUUUAGUUGGUUCAGCAGAUCCAAGAUUUUUUCGGAGACAAUCAACUGCGACAGGGCUAAGGCGUAAAUCAGCUUAUCGAUCUUUAAGUGCUCAUUCAAAAUCAAGUCGAAUACAAAGUAGACACUCAUCGCCAUCGCCAUCAUCUUCAUCGAUUCAAACAAAUUCACACAUUGAUGAUCGUUUGUUACGACAACAUAAUAAUAAUAAACAAAAAUCAUUGGAGUUUGAAUUUUUAAUCUCACCGCCAAUACCGGGAACGUAUAUAGUGAAGCAUAGUGUUAUAAAACGUCCUAAAUCAGCUUUUGAAAUAACAAAAACAUUAAAACAAAAAGAAAUUGAACAAUUGAACAAAGUACAAUUAUCGUCGAACAACAAUUUAUUCAAUCAUUCAAUGAAACAAAACAAUGCCACGCUAAAAUAUCAUACCGUAAUACUACAAGGAAAGAAAAUUGAUGACACCAACAAGCACAUAACGAAUAGGCCCAGGCGAUCAACCAUAAAAUAUCUCUAUCAAUCACCUCAUGAUAUUGAUCAAUUUAAAUGUUAUCUAUUAAAACAAAUUCAUAAUUUAAAACGAAAUCAAUUGAACAAUGGAACUUUUGCGCCAUCUUUAAACAACACUUUUAUUGAUCUUGAUUUAAAACAUGAAAACCUGUCACAAACUUAUACAAACAAUACAAAUCUAAAUGCAUUGAUCAUUGAUGAUUUUCAUUCGGAUGAAAAACAUUUAGAAGAAUUAUCAACUUUAUUAGAGGAUAAUCAUGUUAAUAAAUCCGAUGAAAAUAUCGCGCAAAUGCUGCAGCCCGAAUUACGACGACAACAACAACGACAACGACCAAAGUCAGCUCCUCAAAUCAAUAUGAAAAGAAUAUCAGCUAAUGAAGCACGAAUCAUGUUAUCUAAAUCAAUAACAAUACCAUGGGAUAAUAAUGAUGAGAGUCAACAAACUAAACAGACUAUUGAUUUGAAUUUAGUUCCAUUGCCAGAGCUUAUUGUCAAUUAUGAAACAAUUGAUUUGAAAAAGAAACAACCUACCACCCGGAGGGAAUCUUUACUGUCAGUCAAUUGAGAAACAAGACUAAAAAAAACACAAAGGAAUUCACUCUAGAAUC